CGUAUUGUACACAAGCAAGAUGUUCCAGCACUCGGCUAUGUGGCAAUACGUGUGGUUAUAAUAUGCGCCUUUUCCUUGUUUGGUUAAAACUUCAUUCAUUCAUUCAUAACAUCGUGAAGCGGUGAAACAAUGUGCACAACCUUUGACCCGCCAUCUACUUCCGGUUACUUUGAGCGGCACGUUUUAUAAUGUAUAAUAUUAGCAAUAAUGAUGAAAAAUAUUCUCGUUAUACCUGAAACAUAUUUAUAUUAUAUGUUUUCAAAUUUUGAAUAUCUCAGGUUUGAUGCGCACAUAAAGAAUAUUUGAAGGCAGUACUUUACGACAUUUACUUCCGCUUUCCAGCAGCAAGCAUUUGGUUGCUAUGUAGUUUGUUUAUUGUCUGUUUGCGGUUGCUAGCUAAUGCAUAACAGCGUAAAAGAACUUAUAUUGUCCGUAUUACAUUAUGACUUCUGGAGAGAUGAGACUAAUGAUUUAGUUUUCGGAUGUGGGAAGACGGAAACCGAAAGUAAACCCACGGAUGGUGCCCGCUUUUUUAGUUGAAGAAAAUACCACAUUAUAUAAGACGAUGACGGCUUCAGAAGAAGAAACACGUUGGAUCCAAUGAGGCCUCAAUGCGGAAAUACUAUCUUAAAUAAAGAGAAGAAAUGUUUGCCUUCUACAUGUGAUUGGAGAAAGUUGUUGACAUUCCCAUGAGCUGGAAGAGGGAAGCCAAGAUGGGAGACAUCCUAGCCACUGAGGCCCAUCUGCUCGGGAUGAUCAAGGAGUACCUCAAAGUUGAACAGUUUGACGAGACCGCCCACACCUUUGACAAGGAGUGCAGAAGCAAAGGAAAGCUUGUGUCCAAGCCUCAAGGAAACGCUCUGAGGGACCUAAAGACCCAUGUCAUCCAGAAAGAUCUACUUAGCGCUUUUGAUGGUGGACAUUACAAGGUGUUCUUUGAGCUGUGGACAGACAAUAUUCCGUAUGAUGCCAACAACACCGAGACCCAGAAACUGGAGUUUUACCUUCACAUCCACUUCACAGUCUACCCACUGAGACGCCACCCCGGAAGACACGACCGGGCAGAGUUUGAAGAGAGGAUUUCUUACUUCAAGAAGUACCUGGAGACGCGAGGAGGAGCACUGAGCCAGGCUGCAGAAUUUUUGCCUUACUAUGCCCUGCCUUUUGUGUCCAAUCCCAGCACCCACCCCUCCUUCAAGGAUCUCUUUAAGGAUUCCUGGAUCCCAAAGUUGAAGAAUAAACUGGAAGAGUUUCUGCCUGUGACACUCAAGCCUUCAAGCUGUCCAAGGCUGCUGACGUUAUACAAGGAAGGUGGACAGACUUCUCAAGAGGCCGUCCAGCAGCUCCAGCUCCAGCUGGCCGAGUCGGAGCGGCGCGCUUCCGGUUACAUGCGCAAGUUCAACAAGAUGCAAGCCGACUAUUACCAGCUGAUUGGCAUCACUGCUGAGCUGGUGGACUCCAUGGAGGCCACCAUCAGUGGAAAAACGAUCUCCCCUGAGUACCUGCAGAGUGUUUGUUUUCGCCUGUUCAGUAGCCAGAUGAGGCAAAGUGCAGCGCACGUGGGCGACCUGACCAGGCCUGGCACCGGAUAUUACUCUAUGAGCCCCUAUGAUGAUGGCUAUGCUUCCUCCAUGCUACGAGCAUCCAUUGCGCCACAACCCAAGGAAGUGCCAAUGCUUCCCUCUUUGGAUUACGUCAAGCUGAAGAAGGACCUGCUCGGAGGCUCAGACCGCCUCAGGUCCCUGCUGCUUCAGGCGCUGCGUUGGAGGCUAACUCGCUCACUUCCUGGAGAGCAGAGGGAUACCGUGCUUCAGGCGUACAUCAGCAAUGACUUGUUGGAACGCUGCAAAGCAAAGCAGGAAGUGCUUCUCUUACUGACUUUGAAGAAUGACAUGGUGCGACAGUACAUGGCUCGUCUCAUCAAUGCCUUUGCCUCCUUUGCAGAGGGGCGGGCUUACCUGUCACAAAUCCCAUAUCUCCCUAAACUCCUGAUGGAAACCCUCACAACAGAGGAGAAGGACUCCUUGACCAGGGAGAAUGUCCUGGUGGCUCUGCAGAAGCUCAGCCUUAGGAGGAGCCAGCAGACCAUCAUGAUAGAAAGCCAUCUGAUUGGCUGGCUCGUGGAUGAGCUCCAUGACUCGGACUGUCUGAGUGACUCCACCCUGGAAUAUUCUGCUGCUCUUCUUAUGAACUUGUGCCUGCGAACAAAAGGAAAAAGGAAGUGUGCAGAGAACGCCAAACAUGUGCUCAAGGUCCUGACGGACCUUCUUGGACAUGAGAACCAUGAGAUCCGUCCAUACGUGAACGGAGCCCUGUACAGCAUCCUGUGCAUCCCGUCUGUGAGACAAGAAGCGAAAGAGAUGAGCGUGGAUGAGAUCCUUUGCUGCUACAGCAAAGAGGACAACCCGGAUCUUAACAGGCAAAUCGGCUUCAUCAUUAAAGAGCUGAACUCAGCUGAGGAAGAAGGGCCAGAGUCUGACGAUGAAGAAGAUGAGGAUGACAAUGACGAAGAUUUAAUAGAGGCGGACCUGGACAAGGAGGAAGUCCUCCAGCCUCAGCCCAGAGAGCUGUCUGGGGAAAGUCUGCUCACCACCGAGUACCUGGGUAUUAUCACCAACAUCCCCAAAGCGAAGAGGAAAGCCACUCGACAGCAUCAAGCGAGCGCAGACGAGCCCCUCCAGCGGCCGGUGACACCGAGCUCCCAUCGUAAUACGAACGCAGUGGAUCAGCGCCCGGGAAAUCGGGGGGGCGAUCCAGGUAGGGAGGGUGGAAACGGGAACGAGCGGAAUACCUCCUCUCCUUUCAAAUACGCCUCGCGACCUCACACCAGCUCUGGCAGUCGCCCGUGCACGGCCACCUCCCUGAACCAAAGCACCAACCUGGAGUUCGGCUGCCUGGCUCAGACUUCAGACCUGGACCGAUCCUACCAGGCCCAAGCAAGAGAUGGAAACCUGCAGAAGCAGAAACUCAAUGACAAUUUAUCAAGCGGGGAUUCAAUCUCGGCAUUUGUAAGCAAACCUAAGAUCUCCCGAACUCCUGAACCGGGAGCCAUGCCGAGAGACUCCGCCUGGACCCUGGCACCCACAUUCUCCCACUCGGAACCCCAGCAGAGCAGCCGCCCGUGCUCCGCCAGUGCAGUGGGGGAGCAGAGUGGAGGCAGCCAGUCAAAGCGAAGGUGAGGAGGGAGCUGUCACCACAGCGUCGCUCUAUCUCCCCCGCACCAUCGGCCUUCCUGUAACCUCAUCCUUCCGGGUUUUGAUCAGGGUCAGUGGAACAGGGGGGUCGAGCAUCAGCGGCGGGGGUGCGGGGGCUGGAACAAUGCAAAGGAUUGUGGUCCUGCAUUUUUUUCUCAGCUUCACCGCAGACUUUUGUAACCUAAUAGGGGGUCAGACAAUAAUCACGUCCCCCAGCCGGCCAGCCGGAGCUCUUUGUGGCCUCGUUUGGCCCUCUCUCUCGCUCUCCCUCCCUCUCUCUCUCUCUCUCUCUCUCUUUCUCUCUCGGCGAGGUCACACUUGGCACACCUGAAAAUGUGCUACAUCCUGCAGCCAUGACGGCUCACAUGGGAUCUAUUAUUUAUGAUCAUGUUUACUGCUACCAAGGUACGGGACCAUGACCUGGACCAGGAAUAUGGCAGAAGAGAACCAAACGGCAAAAACUCCAAAUAAAGCCAUAAUACCACAGCAAGAACUAGCAAUGGGGGGGGGGCACAAAGAACAUGGCCCUCAGUGGAAAAGGUUAUAGUAUAUACACGAUACAUGUGUUAUGAAUAUGACUAUAUAGUGUAUGAUGAGAGGUAGGGUAUAUACACAAUACAUGUGUUAUGAAUAUGACUAUAUAGUGUAUGAUAAGGAGGGUAUAUACACAAUACAUGUGUUAUGAAUAUGACUAUAUAGUGUAUGAUAACAGGUAAGGUAUAUAGUACAUGUGUUAUGAAUAUGACUAUAUACUGUAUGAUCAUUAGGGUAUAUACACGAUACAUGUUUUAUGAAUAUGACUAUAUAGUGUAUGAUGAGAGGUAGGGUAUAUACACGAUACAUGUGUUAUGGAUAUGACUAUAUAGUGUAUGAUGAGAGGUAGGGUAUAUACACGAUACGUGUUAUGAAUAUGACUAUAUAGUGUAUGAUAAGAGGUUAUGGGCUAUAUAUUUUGUCAUCCAUGGCUUAGACGUAGUUGAAGUUGUGUUUUAAUGAUCAAUAUGCACAUCAUGUACAUACAGUGAAUGUAAAAAGUGGAGUAUGAAUGUUUCCAGUGCUAUGAGUUGUACCUGUGUACUGUUGGAUAUAUUUAUGUGCUCGGUUUGGCUAAGAUAUCUUAGCAUUAGCAUUGCAUGGACACUAAAUAAAUACCAUUCAUGUCAUCCAACCACUUCCCCAAAGUCCGGAGUACCCGUUUCCCUCCAUGAACCACAACUCUCAAAUAAAGUCAAGAUGCGUUCGUUAUGUCAUUAUUUUAAAAACGGUACCGGUGCCACUUUUAGCUCUUCCCUGAC